AUGCACAAAGAAAAUCGACUACAGGGUCUUACAAAUCAACUAGUUGAUUUGAAAAUUAAAUAUAAUGCACUCCUGAAGAGUAAGGCCUCAUGCGACUUGGAGCGCAGCCGCAUUCUUCGUAAAUACAAGAAACUAAGACAGGUCAAAUUCUCGUCGAUAAAGGUGGAACAGCCAAUAAAAUCAUGCAAGAUUAUUGGUGACUGCACGGAUAAAACGGAGUUCGGUGUGAAUGAGAAUGCUGCUGAAUUGUUGAAACCAUCCAUGCAAGGUCUUUAUCUCAAUUGUGGGCCCCUUUCAGGGGUUGUUUGUCACCCGAAAGCCGGAUUUGCUUGCUGUGUUAGCAAAAAUGGAAACUUAUCAUUCAUUAAUGUUGACGAAGAAAGAGAAAUGAUUUCAAUUGGGCUGCCUAAGCUGAAACUGUCAUCGGUGGCAAUUAGUUCAGAUGGAGUCAUGUUAGCGAUUUCAUCAUUGUCGGGCAAAAUCCUGCUUGGCAACUACGACCAAAUAGAAAAUGCCCAGUGCCUGCAUGAAGUCAGUCUUGGUGUGAGAAGACUGCCUCAGAGCGGAGCCAUCCUCUGUCUUGACUGGCACUGCGCCGGUGGCUGCAUUGCUGCUGGCAGUCUUGACAGCUUCGUACGCGCCUUCGCCGUGGAACGACCUGAGUCUUGCGACGUACUUCGCGGUCACCAUGGUGGAGUCAAUUGCGUCAAAUUUUUGCCAAACGGGCACCAACUUCUUACGGCCUCCUCAGACGGGAGCAUCCUUCUUUGGGAUGUUCGAUCGAAGCGCCAGGAGAGGCGAUUUCUAAAGCACGUGGCUCCAGUUAAAUGGGUUGACUUUUCAAGGAGUGGAACCCAUUUCAGUUCUUGCGAUUCCGAUGGAGUGGUUGUGCAAUGGGACAUCCAAGGAUAUCAACCAAGUGUCAUGGUAGCAAAUCAGAUGGCUUGCGGCCACGGAAGAAAUUGCAUCGUUCAUUCGCCAGAUGAUAAGUAUUGGUUUGCGGGGAACACUAACGGGAGUAUAUCUGCCAUCAGUGCGGCUACUCAUGAGGUACGUUUCUUCGCCCAGUGGCACAAAAGGAGUUGUGAUUAG